ACUUGUAGUCCACACAUAACUUUCUUUUAUUUUGAUUCAGAUUUUCAUAUAUUAGUAAAGUUUAAUGAGAAGUUAAGCUCAAUCAGAAUCAAAGAUGCCAAAGAAGAAGACUGGACAACGGAAGAAGGCUGAGAAGCAAAAGCUCAGACAGAAAGGAAUCAGAAAUCAGGAGAAAAAUAUCGCUGAAUAUCCAUGUAAGAUCCAGAAUCUAAAUUCUCAUCAAUGUUUACUCAAUUCUCUCAACUUUUAGGCAAUGCCAACAUGGAAUGCGAUAAAUGUGAACGAAAACAAAAGUCUCGAGCAUUUUGCUACUUCUGUCAAUCAGUCCAGCGUCUCCCAAUUUGCGCACAAUGCGGUAAAGUCAAGUGCAUGAUGAAGUCUGGCGAUUGUGUAGUCAAGCAUUCAGUCUUCUCGACCGGUCUUGGUAUGGUCGGUGCCGUAUGUGAUUUUUGUGAAGCAUUUGUUUGUCAUGGACGAAAGUGUCUCACAACUCAUGCCUGCAGCUGUCCAUUACGUGAUGCUGUCUGCAUUGAAUGUGAUCGAGAUGUUUACAGUCACGGUGGACGGAUCUACUUGUGUUCAUUUUGUAGUGCAUUUUUGUGUGAGGAUGAUCAGUUUGAGCAUCAGGCGAGUUGUCAAGUGUUGGAAUCUGAGAAUUAUAAGUGUCAGAGCUGUAAUCGACUUGGACAGUACUCGUGUCUGAAGUGUAAAGUCUGUUACUGUGAGGACCACGUCAAGCGCAAAGGCUUCAAAUACGACAAGAACAAAGCAAUUCCAUGUCCGAAAUGCAAUUACGAUACGUCACAGACUAAAGACUUGUCAAUGUCAACAAGAACACUCAAGUAUGGACGACAGCAGCAAGCACAUGAUGGUGAGGAUGAUGACUAUGAGGGUGGUGACUAUGACUACACUGCUGGUGCUUCCAGUUAUGGAAAUUAUGAAUAUGAUGAUGAUGACGACGAUGACAGUGAUGAGUCAGAUGAUGAUUAUGAUGAUGAGGAUGAGGAAUCAGACGAGGAAGAGGAAGGAGAUGAAAAAGCUACUGGAAGUUCAAGCAAGAAAUAAUUUUUUUUCGAUGCUAGGGAUAUUGAUCAAAUCAUUAAGUUGGCCAUGCAUUUUUUUGCAAGCAUAACAAGCUCUGAGCUUUAAAAUCCAAUCUCGAUUAAAUCAAAUUGUUCAUUUUGUUAAUUUAACCAAUAAAGACAAGUGGAACUGAAAGUUUGUGGUUUUGUAAAUA